UACUUUCGUGAAGGUCUGUAUCCAUUGGACCACUUCCCCACUACGAUUGGCGAAGAAGCCGCUGGGAUUAUCGUUGCUUUACCCACUGAUGCUGAGGUAUUGGGCAACCCGUCCUAUAAGAGGCAGGGAUUCGAGGUUGGAAUGUCUGUAGCCGUGGUAUGCCAUAGGUUUCUUUAUCUGUACAUGGAUCGAUCAUUGUACCGACCAUUCCGCCUCCUGACAGACCACAAUGGGUACCGACCAAACAUACGUUUCCAUUGCCUGGUCCUACGUAUUCCCCACCCAUGGUGUCUCAACUAGAAUCGCUGCAGCAUCCAUCACCCAAGUCGCUACUGCUAUCACAUUCAUGUCUGAAGCAUAUGCCGUUUCUCCUGGCGACACCGUCUUCAUACACACCAUAGCCGGAGGCCUAGGUCUUAUUUUUACCCAAUACGCCAAACAUCUCGGAGCAACGGUAAUCGGAACUACCUCGACCCAGGAAAAAGCGGAGUUGGCGAGGAACAAUGGUGCGGAUGAUGUUAUUUUGUACAAAGAGGAAGAUGUUGUGGAGAAAGUAAGGGUGUUGACAGCUGGGAGAGGGGUGGAUGUAGUUUAUGAUGGAGUUGGAAAGGAUACAUUCGAGAUGAACUUUGAAUUACUAAAGCGGAAAGGGACCUUGGUAUCAGUCGGUAAUGCAUCUGGGGCCGUACCGCCAUUCUCCCCUUUGAAGCUGACGCCGAAGAACCUCAAGCUAGUCCGACCUUCUGUGUCCAACUAUGUUGUGACUGCUGAUGAGGCAUGGGAAAUCGGAAGCAAGAUUUUUAAAAUGAUUCGUGAGGGGGUGUUGAAGGUGAAUAUAUACAAGGAAUACCCAUUUACAACUGAGGGAGGGAGACAAGCACAAUUAGAUUUAACAAGUGGAAUGACAAUGGGAAAGCUGGUCAUUAAAGUAGUGUAAUUUUGCUGCCUAAAUUUGGAGGUUGUAUGUCCUAAUU